GUUUGGUUUAGACUCAAUUCAAUUUCUUUCGUAGAUAUUUAAACGAUAUUAAAAUUCCCAAAACGAAAGCAAAUCUGGUUCGUUGUCCUACGAAGUUCGAAAAAGCUAGAGGUGGAGGAAGAGAAGAAGAUGGCGCAUAGAAUACUGAGAGAUCACGACGCUGAUGGCUGGGAACGCGGUGACUUCCCCAUCGUCUGCGAAUCUUGUCUCGGCGACAAUCCUUAUGUCCGAAUGACAAAGUCUGAUUACGACAAAGAGUGCAAGAUCUGCACCCGACCGUUCACCGUAUUCAGGUGGCGCCCCGGCCGCGACGCAAGGUACAAGAAAACCGAAGUUUGUCAGACAUGCUGCAAGCUCAAGAACGUGUGCCAAGUCUGUCUCCUGGAUCUUGAGUAUGGUCUUCCCGUUCAGGCCAGAGACACGGCCCUCAACAUCAGUACUCAUGAUUCCAUCCCCAAAAGCGAUGUCAACAGAGAGUUCUUCGCCGAAGAGCAUGAUCGAAAGACGAGAGCUGGAUUAGAUUAUGAGUCUUCGUUUGGGAAGAUUCGUCCUAAUGAUACUAUACGUAUGCUUCAAAGGACGACGCCGUAUUACAAGAGGAACCGAGCGCAUAUUUGUAGUUUCUUUAUUAGGGGAGAGUGUACUAGAGGUGAAGAGUGUCCUUACCGCCACGAGAUGCCUGAGACAGGAGAGUUAUCCCAGCAGAACAUUAAAGACCGUUACUACGGUGUGAACGAUCCAGUAGCGUUGAAGUUACUUGGGAAGGCUGGUGAGAUGGGCACAUUGGAAACUCCAGAUGAUCAAAGCAUCAAGACGCUUUAUGUCGGCGGGCUAAACGCUCGAGUACUCGAGCAAGACAUACGAGAUCAGUUCUACGCAUACGGAGAAAUCGAGUCCAUCAGAAUCUUGGCGGAGAAAGCGUGUGCGUUUGUCACUUACACGACCAGAGAAGGAGCGGAGAAAGCUGCUGAGGAGCUAAGCAACAAGCUAGUAGUCAACGGCCAGAGACUUAGAAUCUCUUGGGGAAGACCACAAGCUCCCAGAACCGAUCCAGAUGGCGGCGGCUCGCAGCAGCAAGGCGGUGUGGCUCCGCACAGUGGGUUGCUGCCAAGGGCUGUGGUAUCUCAGCAGCAUAAUCAACCUCCACCGAUGCAGCAGUACUAUAUGCAUCCACCACGACCACAACCUCAUCAGGACAGACCGUUUUACCCAUCGAUGGAUCCUCAGAGAAUGGGUGCAGUCACUUCGUCUCAAGACGGUGGUGAUAACAGAAUGCCUCCACAUGGGCAUUAUCAGCAGCACCAGCCGUACCCUCCACAGCCAUAUGGAGGUUAUAUGCACCAGCAGUAUCCUCCUUACCACCAUGGCCCACCACAAGCUCCUCAUCCUUAUCCGCAACAACAACAGCAGCCGGGUCCUGGUUCAAGGCCCAAUCCUCCUCCUACUAGCUCAGUCUCUGCUCCACCACCUGAAUCUGUGUCUGAUGCACCAUCAGGGUCCUCUUCUCAGCAAUCUGCUGAGGCUGCUGUUACUGGUUCGUCUCAAUAGAAACCGUUGCCAGUUUAUUUGAAUUUUUGGUUUUGAUUAUUUAAAUAGAUUCCAAUGUUUAACAAUUCCUGCUCAGCAAUGUGUUGCUGUUGAAUUUUAUGACGAAAGUAAUAGAAGAGAAUUGUUUCAGUUUC